AUGAAUCAGCAAACAGAUGAAUAUUUCAUGAAAGAAGCAAUAAAAGAAGCAAAUAAAUGCACUCCAACAAAAAAAGCAUUUUGUGUUGGUGCAGUAAUUGUAAAAAACGGAAAAAUAGAAUCUAGAGGAUUCUCUAGAGAGUUACCAAAUAACACACACGCUGAAGAAUGUGCUCUAAUGAAACUUCCAGAUAUUAAAAUUGCCAUUAGCGCAGAAAUGUAUACAACAAUGGAACCUUGUAGUAUACGUCUAUCUGGAAAAUUACCUUGUGUUAAUAGAAUUAUCUAUUCAGGAAUAAAAAGAGUUGUAUUUGGAGUUAAAGAACCAAAUACAUUCGUGAAAUGUACAGGAAUGUCUACCCUCAGAAAACACGGGAUUGAAGUUAAAUUUAUUCAGAAAAUGGAAAAAGAAUGUCUUAAUAUUGCUCAACAAGGUCAUUCAUAA